UGGCCCAUGGACCUUCCAGAAGGCCAGGCUAGUGGCCCUGCUACAGAAAUGUUCCUCUGGGAGCAGCCUGAGGAGGGGGACCCAGGGCCAUUGAGCCUGGAGGAGCAGAUCCUCACCUCCAUGUUUGAAGCCUGUGAUCCUCAUAAGACAGGCACGGUGGUGGUGACCCACGUGUUGGCCUACUUGGAGGCUGUGACAGGCCAGGACUCACAGGAUACACGCCUCCAAACACUGGCCCAGAGCCUGGACCCCUACAGGGAGGGUCCUGGAGCCACUGUGGACUUGGACACUUUCCUGAUCAUCAUGCGGGACUGGAUUGCUGCCUGUCAGCUGCAUGGGGGAUUAGAGCCAAUGGAAGAGACCACCUUCGGGGGAGCCCUGGCCUCUCAGCACCUGCCAUCUGAACGUUCAGAAGCUGAGGAGCCGGCCAACCUGGAGAGCUUUGGUGGUGAAGAUCCCAGGCCUGAGUGGCCUGCCACAGCUGACCUGCUGAGCAGCCUGGAGGACUUAGAACUCAGCAACCGGCGGCUGGCUGGGGAGAAUGCCAAGCUGCAACGCAGUGUGGAGACAGCUGAGGAGGGCUCCGCUCGCCUUGGAGAGGAGAUCUCAUCUCUACGCAAGCAGCUACGCAGCACCCAGCAGGCUCUGCAAAUGGCCAAGGCUGUGGAUGAAGAGCUGGAGGACCUGAAAACCCUGGCCAAGAGCCUGGAGGAGCAGAAUCACAGUCUGCUGGCCCAGGCCCGGCACACGGAGAAGGAGCAGCAGCACCUGGUGGCCAAGGUGGAGACUCUGCAGGAGGAGAAUGGGAAGCUGCUGGUGGAGCGGGAUGGUGUGAAGAGGCGGAGUGAGGAGCUGGCCACAGAGAAGGAUGCUCUGAAGCGGCAGCUCUGUGAAUGUGAACUACUCAUUUGCCAACGUGAAGCCAUCCUCUCAGAGCGCACUCGUCAUGCAGAGAGUUUAGCCAAGAGCUUGGAGGAAUACAGAACCACCACCCAGGAGCUGAGGCAGGAGAUCUCACAACUGGAAGAGCAGCUAAGUCGGAGCCAGGAGAGCCCAGAUGAGCUGCUAGGAGCUGAUGCAGGAAGAACAGGCUGGACCAUGGCGCUGUCCCCAUCACUGGGCUUGGAGAUCCAGGCUAUCCGGCAGGAGCAGGAAACAGGCACUGGCCUCUCCAGUCCCCUGUGUGGAGUGUGGCAAUGGCAGGAGGCUGAAUGUCCCUCUGGGGACCCUGUGGGACAACAGGAGGAGGAUGCCAAAGAGAAGGAAGAGGAGAGCCAUAUCCAGGCUGGUUCCUCCACUCCUCUGAGAGACCACCAUGGAGAUAGCCCAGAAAGCCCUCCUGACAGCCACCCAACCUUGUGGGAGCCUCAGCAAGCCCUCAUGCCUGUGGUGACAGAGCUGGUCCCCAUCAGGAGAUCCUGGGCCCAGCACUGCCUGUGCCCCCAACCUCCCCAGCACCUCAGGGUCACUCAGCACCCGCUGAUCCCUGCACCAGUCCUGGGCCUGUUGCUGCUGCUGCUACUCUCUGUCCUGUUGCUCGGCCAGACCCCACCGCCCACCUGGCCACACCUGCAGCUCUACUACCUGCAGCCCCCACCAGUGUGA